AUGGCGUCGUCAGCUCUAAUCCGUAUCCCUCGCCGACUUCCCCUGUUGCUGCUUGCAGACGGCGUUUUGUUGCCGGGUUCUUCCAUGAGAAUACCCGUGCACUCCGCCAAAAACAUGCAUAUGGUUAAGAAUCAUUUGUUGAAGUCCAGUAGUUUGAGUAACACUAUUAUUGGUGUCAUUACAAAGGAGCGGGACAGUCAGGAUGAAGAUGCAAGUGGCUUGCAUUCCAUUGGUACAGCUGCUGUUGUUGUUCAGGUAACCGGUACUAAUUGGCCUCGACCAGCUUACACACUACUUCUGACUGGACUAUGUAGAUUUAAACUGGAUAAAUUGUUACAGCAGUCUCCUUAUCCAAUCGCUGCAGUUAGUCAAUUGGAUAGGUUCCCAGGUGAUAAUGAACCAGUCGGUGAUUUCAGUGACGAUGAAUUGGCAGCGUUGACUGAUAAUUUUCUAGAACAUGCUAAUAAGUUGGUUGACAUGUUGGAUAUUAGUAUACCUAUAGUCGCUAAAUUAAAGAGGAUGUUGGAUAGUGUGCCAGCCCAAAACUUGCCAGAUAUAUUUGCGUCAAUUAUCAAGACAUCAUUCAAUGAAAAACUGCAGAUUCUAGAUGCAGUAGAUUUAGCGGAACGGUUUAAGAAGACGCUACCGCUUCUAGUACGCCAAAUAGAAGGCUUGAAAUUACUCAAGCAAUCAAGGAAAAAUAACGAUGAUGAGUUUCUGGCUUUUAAAAAAACCUCAAGAAAACCAUACAUCAUAAGAAGUUCUAAAAAUUUCCAUUUAGACCCAGAGGAUGAUGAUGGAGAUGGCGAUGAAAUGGUGGAUUUAGAACAGAGACUUAAGGCUGCCAACUUACCUGAACAUGCCAAGAAAGCUGCCCAAAAGGAAUUGAAGCGACUAAAGAAAAUGCCAUCAUCCAUGCCGGAUUACAGCUUAACCAGGAAUUAUUUAGAGCUAAUGUCUGAGUUACCAUGGUCUAAGGAGACGACUGACAAUCUCAGUAUUGCACAGGCCAGACUGGAUUUAGACGCUGAUCACUAUGGUUUGGACAAAUUAAAGAAACGUGUUAUCGAAUACCUUGCUGUACGACAAAUAAAGAAUUCACUGAAGGGACCCAUACUGUGUUUUGUUGGACCACCUGGUGUUGGUAAAACUAGUGUUGGCAAGUCUGUAGCCAAGACUUUAGGAAGGGAGUUUCAUAGGAUAUCUCUUGGUGGUGUUUGUGAUCAGAGUGAUAUCCGUGGUCAUCGACGUACGUACAUUGGUUCAAUGCCUGGUCGUAUUAUACAAGGACUGAAGACAGUCGGAGUCAGUAAUCCUGUUUUCCUGUUGGAUGAAAUUGAUAAACUGAAUAAAAGUUUACAAGGUGAUCCUGCAGCAGCUUUGUUGGAAGUUCUUGAUCCUGAACAGAACAGCACAUUUGUAGAUCAUUACCUUAAUGUGCAAUUUGAUUUAUCUAAAGUGUUAUUCAUAGCAACUGCCAACAGCAUGUCUACUAUACCCGCUGCAUUGCUGGAUAGAAUGGAGGUGAUCCAUGUGGCUGGAUACACCCAGGAAGAGAAAGUUCACAUAGGUGUCAGACAUCUCAUACCUAAACAACUCAAAGAGCAUGGAUUGAAUGCUGAACAGUUACAGUUUCCUGAGGAUACUAUUAAAAUGAUCAUUGCUCGCUACACUCGUGAAGCUGGGGUGAGAUCACUGGAGAGGAAACUCGCUGCCGUAUGCCGAGCUGUAGCUGUCAAAGUGGCUGAGAACAUGACCAUUAAGACAAAGAAUGGGAAACAGGAUCUUGAGAAAGAAAAUGUAGAACCAGAGAAGGAACCUUUGUCUAUAGAUGAAAAGGAGUCGUUGAGUUCAGCAGCUACACUAGCCCAUCCACCUGACAUGCCUAUUGUGAUAGAUGAACAUGCACUGCAGGAUAUUCUAGGGCCACCAAUGUUUGAAAAUGAAACCUCAGAAAGACUUGGACAACCUGGAGUGGCAAUAGGUUUAGCAUGGACAGAAGUAGGUGGUCAAAUUAUGUUUGUUGAAGCCACUAAAAUGGACGGUGAUGGAAAUUUGACAUUGACCGGACAGUUAGGAGAUGUCAUGAAGGAAUCUGCUAGAAUUGCAUUGAAUUGGGUCCGGAGUAAUGCUACCCGGUGCGCUAUUAAAGUAUCGACUGGCACAGACCUUAUGGAGAAUACAGACAUACAUAUUCAUUUCCCCGCUGGUUCUAUUAGUAAAGAUGGUCCAUCUGCUGGCGUCACUGUGGUCAGUGUACUUGUCUCAUUAUUUAGUGGUCGGUGUGUUCGCUCGGAUACCGCAAUGACUGGUGAAGUUACUCUACGUGGACUUGUGCUGCCUGUUGGUGGAAUCAAAGACAAAGUGCUAGCUGCUCAUCGUACUGGUCUAAAAAGAGUUGUAUUGCCAAAGAGAAAUGAAAAAGACCUUCAAGAAAUACCCACAAAUGUCAAGAACGACUUAGACUUUGUGUUCGUCACUAAAUUAGAAGAUGUUUUACAAGCUGUGUUUGAAGGUGGAUAUCCAGAACUGAAUGCAAAUGUCCCCAGCACACAAAGCAAACUGUGAUAUAUUUCAAAGCGCCAAGAUUGGGGUGUUGCAAUAAUAUUAGAUGCAAGGUUUUAAGUACAACUCACAAUGUACAUUACAAUCACUUGUAAUUGGUUAUAUGGUAAAUCCUUUCUUUUAUAGCAUUUAAAAAGGUAACUGUAGUGUAAUGACAUAUAUAACAGUAUCAGAUAGUACUUCAGUCAAAUCACAGCACAAAUCCGGAUUAAAACAAAUGGCAUUAAUCAAGAGAUCAAUAGCUAGGGUGACAAUAUAAUUGUAGGAAGUUUGAACAUGUUCUAGUCUAGUCUAUUGCACUUAUCAUAUUUAUCAACAGUAAUGAUCCUGUUUCUAGUAAUA